AUGCACUCACUUAUGUUCCAGGUGUUCCUCGUUGCCGCCGUGCUGGUCGUGGCUGCCGCCGAUUCUCCGGCUCCGUACCACCCGACUCCGGCUCCGUACCACCCGGCUCCGGUCUACAAGCCGGCUCCCUACCACCCGCAGACCCAGUACAAGGAAGAGGCCAGGCCGUUCGCCUUCGACUACGCCGUCAACGACCACUACACCGGCACUAAUUUCGCCCGCAACGAGCAGAGCGACGGUCACAACGUGCAGGGCUACUACUCGGUGGUUCUGCCCGACGGCCGUACCCAACACGUCAAGUACACGGCUGACCACUACGGUGGAUACAACGCCGAGGUCACCUACGACGGAUAUGCCGCCUACCCCGAGCAGCACUCUGCCCCUGCCUACAAGCCUGCUCCCUACCACCCGACCCCUGCCUACAAGCCCGCCCCCUAUCACCCGGCCCCUGCCUACAAGCCGGCCCCUUACCACCCGGCCCCUGCCUACAAGCCUGCCCCUGCCUACAAGCCGGCCCCUGCCUACAAGCCAGCCCCUGCCUAUAAGCCUGUCUACAAGCCUGCUCCCACCUACAAGCCGGCCCCUGCCUACAAGCCCGCUCAUUACAUGUCAUUCCAGGUGUUCCUCGUUGCCGCCGUGCUGGCCGUGGCCGCCGCCGAUUCUCCGGCUCCGUACCACCCGACUCCGGCUCCGUACCACCCGGCUCCGGCCUACAAGCCGGCUCCCUACCAUCCGCAGACCCAGUACAAGGAGGAGGCCAGGCCGUUCGCCUUCGACUACGCCGUCAACGACCACUACACCGGCACCAACUUCGCCCGCAACGAGCAGAGCGACGGUCACAACGUGCAAGGCUACUACUCGGUGGUUCUGCCCGACGGUCGUACCCAGCACGUCAAGUACACGGCUGACCACUACGGUGGAUACAACGCCGAGGUCACCUACGACGGAGAGGCCGCCUACCCCGAGCAGCACUCUGCCCCUGCCUACAAGCCGGCCCCCUACCACCCGGCCCCUGCCUACAAGCCGGCCCCCUACCACCCGGCCCCUGCCUACAAGCCGGCUCUCUACCACCCUGCCCCUGCCUACAAGCCUGCCCCUGCCUACAAGCCGGCCCCUGCCUACAAGCCGGCCCCUGCCUAUAAGCCGGCCCCUGCCUACAAGCCGGCCCCUGCCUACAAGCCUGCUCAUUAUUAGUUGAAUGAGGCUUGCUGAUUUUU